UUGAUCUGAUAUGGCAGGCUGUGCAUUCUUUUGCUUUGACGCAUUCCACGUGUAGUUGUAGUGGAGAGAAUCAGUGGUAGGUCCUACAGUUAUGACUUGCUUGUCUUUCUUAUGUGGUAGAAAAUUGGAUUCUGCAACGCGGCAUUCACCCGAGCUCAAUGAUGAGCUAUCUGGAGUCCACAAUGUUAAUCUUUACUCCUACAAGAAGCUGAGAAUCGCCACUGAUGAUUUUAGUCAAACCAAUAAAAUUGGGGAGGGAGGAUUUGGUUCUGUUUAUAAGGGAAAACUUAAGACUGGACAGAUGGCAGCAAUAAAGGUUCUCUCUUCAGAAUCAAGUCAAGGAUUGAAAGAGUUUUUGACAGAGAUUCAAGUGAUCUCGGAUGUAGAGCAUGAAAAUUUAGUUAAGCUCUAUGGUUGUUGUGUGGAAGGCAAUCAAAAAAUUCUUGUUUACAACUAUCUCGAGAAUAAUAGCCUAGCACAAACGCUUCUUGGCAAUGGUCACAGCCGAAUCCAGUUUAGCUGGCGAACUCGGGUUAAUAUUUGCAUUGGAGUUGCAAAUGGACUCGCCCAUCUUCACGAGGAAAUGACACCGCACAUUGUCCACCGAGAUAUCAAAGCAAGCAAUAUUCUUCUCGACAAAGAUUUAACUCCUAAAAUUUCAGAUUUUGGUCUUGCAAAGCUCAUCCCUCCCGAAAUGACUCAUGUCAGUACACGUGUUGCAGGAACCUUAGGUUAUUUGGCACCAGAGUAUGCGAUGGUAGGCAAGCUGACACGCAAGGCUGAUAUUUACAGUUUCGGUGUUCUUCUUAUUGAAAUAGUCACUGGGAGAUGCAACACAAACAUGCGAUUACCCACUGAUGAACAGUAUAUUCUUGAAAGGAUAUGGCAACUCUACAAGAGAAGGGAGCUGGUAACACUGGUAGACACAUCAUUG